CUCCGGUGUUGCUAUGAAUCCUUGAAUUCUGGAAAAAACAGGAAAAAGUUCGUGAUUUUUCCUAAAUUAUAAGAAGAUAAAAAAAGAAAUGGAGGAUCGCCCACUGGCCAGAAUUGGCCCCACAGGAGGAGGAGAUGUGAGAGCAGCAUGCAAAAAGUGUGGUUAUCCUGGCCACCUUACCUACCAGUGCAGGAAUUUUGUGAAGGUGGAUCCAAAGAAAGAUGUGGUCCUGGAUGUCUCAUCAACGUCAUCUGAAUUCAGUGAUGAUGAGACACCUCUUACACAACUUAAUGCACAGGAGCUGCUGGCAAAGAUGAAGGAAGAGAAACACCUCAGGAGAGAGAGAAAGAAGCACAAGAAGGAAAAGAAGAAGAAGAAGAAGUUGCGUACAGAUAGCCCCAGCCGAUCAAGGUCCACGGAAAGGGAUAAGAAGAAAAAAAAGAGGAAAAGCAAGCAUUCCUCGUCAGAAAGUUCCUCUUCGGAGAGUUCCUCGGACAGCGACUCAGAGGAGGAUGAGAGACGGAAAGAUAAGAAGAAGAAGAAGAAGGAAAAGAAAAAGAAAAAGGAGAAAAAGAAAAGGGACAAAGAGAGGGACUGAAAGAUUGGAUACAGCUCACACAUGUGCCGUAUGUAUGAGUAUGUAUGUGUGUACAGAUUUUUCAUAAGAAUGUAAAGUAUGUUCAAGGUUUAUCAUGCAUUUUUUAAUCUAUUUAUUAUUUUUAGUCUUUUUUUUUUAUCAUUUGAUAUUUCCCCUUUCUACAUUUUAUAAAGAAACAAGAUUUUAUAAUGCAAUUUGAUACAUAAAAUGGUGUAAACCUUGUAUCUAUUUUUCUUGUUAUUAAAGUGGUAAAUUUU